AUGCUGGAGCUACAACUAUCCUGGAAGUCACAGACCGAGCAUGUUGAUGUUAUCAACACCGACACUACAGCCGGGCCACCGAUAAAUGCCACUGAUUGGACAAUGCAUUUCGAUAUGCCCCAAGCGGACUGGAAUGAAACACUAGAAAGUGCAUCAGAGACGGUUGACCAAGCUGGGUGGCAGGAUAACGGCAUACAGUCACAGCUACAACAGACACUCAUACAGCCUGAAGAAAUCGCUAUAGUCUCUCUACAACAUGGAAAGGCUACAAAUGAGAUUCUGGACUCGACAGGACUAUCUCAUCUGAUGAAACUUGACCUAAGCCAUUACCUUGCAUGGGCGAAGCUGGAUGACGUUUCGUUGCCCCAGAAAUGCCUCCGGUGGGCCAUGAGGGCACUCGCCGCGUCCAUGUCAUCUCAGUUCCGUUCUCGCAGUGAGGAGUUCUAUAACAAAGCGAGGCGGUUAGCAGAAGGACUCGACGCUGGAGAUCUAGUACUACCGUGGCUAAACUCCGAUACCAGUAUAGAACAAGCACAAACAUGGCUUCUUCUAGCGCACUAUGAGCUUCUAGACCCAUCCAAAUAUUCUCAAUCAGCAACGACACGACGAGCUUUCCGGUUGGUGCAUCUAUCGCGUUUGCAUUGUACCGACUGGAAGGAUCCAGCUCUCGACUUUCCAUCUUGCACCCCAGGAACAUCCCAAUCGGCCCCAUUACCAUUCGCAUCUGUGGAGGAACGAAGGAGGACUUUCUGGGUGGCUUUCUGCUUGGACCGCUUCCUGGGCGGAUAUGACGAGUCUCCCAUGACAAUCCACGAUGAAACAAUACACGUUCAUCUUCCUUGUCCGGAAUGGAACUUCCAAAUUUCCAGCGAAGUGAAUAUGGGUUUUAUAAACGAUGUGCUUAUCGGGGGAACGCCGGUUCCAGUAUCAUCACCUUUCGCCGAGUUAGUCAUCGCAAUGGCACUGUUCGGACAAUGCAUCCUACAUAAAAAAAUAACUGCCAAGUGUCCAACUUCUGACCAGGAGAGUUUGACUUUCUGGGUACGGCAUGAGUUGCUCGCUGAAGCCAUAGACAGGCAGGUUGCCCUUUUAUCACUGAGACAGACAGACGUGGAAUACGAGCAACUUCAUUUCAUGACGUCCAUGGUAGUCCAUGGCUCAGUAUUGAAACUGGAAAACGCUAUAAAUGUGGCUCACUCAGUUGUUCAGAGCCAACAGCCCGUUGCCAAUGAUUAUGCUAAGACAGCGUACAAAGCUGCCAUCAGUAUGGCAGACUUGUCAGAGUCCAUGACUGGCUUAAAUUGCUUAAAGACACAUGUAUAUCUUCCUAUGUUGCUAGGCAAGGCUUUCUUGUAUCUCGCCACUCAUGCUGAGCCUAGCCAGAGCCAGCAUUCCAAGGCAAAGCUGUUAGCAUUGCUAGAGAGCUUAAAAGAAAUACAUGGCCAAGCGAAGCAGUUUAUAGAUGGCCUUGAAUUAUGGGACACCGUCGGUAAGAUGGAGAGUGGGACGAUGAAUUUCAUAACUGGCCAAAUGGAAUGA